CCCUUACCGGAAAAGACGCCAUUGAAUUGUAACCACACAUUACAUUACCGGCCGUUCCAGUUUAUAAAUAUUCUAUCCGAACAAUUUGAUCUAGAUUUAGAUUAAGAGAGUUCUAGAUAUUUAUAUCAAGAAAUGGCAGAUUCAGUUGAAGAAGAAAUGGCUGAAGAAGAAUACAGACAUGAAGAGGAGUCUUCAGAAAUGAAACAGGAAAUGUCCAGUGAGGAAACUGGUGCGGCCGGUGAUAAUAACACAGCAGCAGGAGGAGAUAAUGAUGAUGCAGGAAAAACAGAAGAAGAAAUAGAAGAGGAGUUGAAAGAAACUCGUAUAACAAUAGCUCGUUAUUCACCUCAUACUGUGCCAGAGUUUAAAUUCAGUGAAAUGAAAGAGCGUUGGAUGUGGCAUCUGAAAAUAUAUCCUUUGGAUCAAGAAGAUUGUAGAAACUGUAUAUUAGAUGCUGCCACCAAAAUUUCACAGGAAGCUUUUUACUAUGUUCCAAAACGAAAGAACGGUCAAGGAGUUGCUGAGUUGAGCAUGAUCUCUGACAAUGAAGCCAAUGCUGUGAUGUCUAGGGUCGUCCGCAUGCCAUUUUACCACAGAUAUGUAACUCUUGAAUUAACAAAACGUAGCCGUGAAGAUGGGAAAGAAGCUGAUGAAAUGAACACUGAGCCAGUUUAUACUAAGAUAGAAGAAACAGCCACUAUUGUGUUUGACUCAACCAAGUGUGAGAAAAUUAAAAACACAGCCACAUCUCGAGGAAACCAGAAACGCCGAAGUCUCUGGGUGAGAUAUUUGUCUGAAAACACAAGCCCAGAGCUUCUUCGUGUUAUCUUUCCACUGUCACAAAGCACUCAAGUACAAACGCAUGACAGUUUGCGCAUUGGUCUGAUAGAAGCUAACUCCAAGACUGAUGUUCUUGUUUUUAUGAAAGCUUAUGUCACAGUUAUAAUCAACAACACACAUAUACUAGCGCUACAGAAUAAGGAACCUGCUGAAAAUGAAAGUGAAUUCAAAGUGGAAUUGGAAAAAACUGUGACUCCUUUCAGUGACCUUCAGGGUGCUCCCACUGAAAUAGCAGACAGGUCUGAUCAACGUAAAGAUGACAAAAAUCAAACUUCCAGGGUUCUGAAACGUACCUUGCAGCAACAACAGCGACUGUUAGAUGGUAGAAGGCGGGAUCAAAAGAGAGGAGGAAGGGGUGAGCCACCUGCCAAAAGAGGAACAGGAAAUUGGGGAGAUUCACGUUUUGAUAGACGAAGUGGCGGUGGUAGAUAUGGUGGCGGAUUUGGAGGUGGAGCUGCAUAUUCAGGAAGAUCAGGCUAUGGAGGCUACGUGAAUCCGCAAGACAUGGCUGCUGAGAUGAUGAUGAUGCAGGCUCAACUCAAUCAAACUAUACAGAACCAACUCAUGAUGCUUAGUCCAGGAUCUAGGUCUGGUGGUUUUGGAGCACCACGUUAUGGUGGAGGUGGUGGUGGAAGACAUGGCGGAAGAAGUGGUGGAGGGCGCAAGGGCUUUGGAGGUGAUUGGUAAAAGUCCUGAAGAUGCUCUUCCCCAUCACAGCUCCUCUUGUCAACUGGGAACAUUCAAUGUCUUGAUAGUUUUUAUUGUCUAUGUAGUGUUUUUUUGUUAUGGCAGGCUUUUUUUUUUUCUUGGUCUUUGUACAUACAUUUUAUUUGAAACUGCCAGCAACAAAACCAAAUUUUAACCUUACUGUGCAUAUCUUAGAUUAUUGGUUUUAUUGUUUCUAUGUACUGCAUCAGAUUUCUUCUUCACAUCUGAGUGUCUUUUAGAGUUUUAAAGUCUUUAUCAGUUCAUUGGAGGAUGUUUUAUGUUUUUUGUUUUUUUUUUACUAUGAAUUGUUUUGUAAUGAUUGACCUGUCUGGUUUUGUUUAAGUGCAUGAGUUUCUUUUGUUUAGCCCAUGUUUAAUGUCAACAGACAAACAUUUGUAACUCUUCACAACACAAUGAAUUGUCGAUAAUGAAUAAAUGGCUUCAUUCAA